AUGAGCUCGAAACGAUCAGAUUAUCCUGCUAUUCGUAACCGAGAUAACAACUAUCACGUGGAUACCGCCGUCAAGCCUUCAGUCAGCAACGCUGUGGGAAUCGACCAGGACGGAACGGACUACUCGUACUUUAUAGAAGCUGCCUUUGGCUCCGAGGGGAAGAAGAUGUACAUGCUUGUGGAUACUGGUGCUAGUACAACGUGGGUUAUGGGCUCGGGUUGCACCACUGGCGCAUGUACCAAGCAUAAUACAUUUGGACCGAACGAUUCCAAGACGUACAAGGACACCGGAGAGGGCUACUCUGUCCAGUAUGGUUCCGGAGAAGUGAGCGGGCACGUCGUGUCUGACAGUAUCAGCAUCGCAGGGUUGGAGGUGACAAUGCCCUUUGGCGUCGCCAAUGUCACUUCAGACCAAUUUUCCCAGUUCCCCUUCGAGGGCAUCUUAGGGCUGUCCAUGGUCGACGGCACGUGGCUUACCCAUCUCAAGGACGCCAAGCUGAUCGAUUCCAACGUGUUUGGGAUUGCGUUGAACAGGAAGGCGGAUGGCGUUAACGACGGUGAGGUGGCUUUUGGCGCGCCGAACAAGGCCAAGUAUACGGGUGACAUAUCGUACACUGGUCUCAAAUCCGGAAAUAGUUGGGCUAUCCCGAUGGACGAUGUGCUGUUUGGUGGCAACUCGGCUGGAGUAAAGGGCAGACUUGCCUAUAUCGACACCGGCACCACCUUUGUUUUCGGCCCCCCUGACGAUGUUGCAGCUCUGUAUAAGCUGAUCCCCGGUUCUAAGACCAUCGACAAGGGCGAGACUUAUACUGUUCCGUGCGAUACCGAUGGUGAAGUCGCAUUCUCUUUCUCUGGAAAGACUUACACUGCCUCUUCAAAGGACUUCAUAACUGCUCCCAACACUGCUGGAACUUGCUUUGGCAGCGUAUAUGGAAUGGAAUUUGUGCCCGGCGCGUGGCUUAUUGGAGAUAUGUUCCUGAAGAACGUCUACAGCGUGUUCGAUAUGGAUCAAAAGCAAAUCGGAUUCGCCGCUAGAGCAGCUUCCGGUAGCGGUACCAGCAGCAGUGCAGGCCCCAGUGGGACGUCAACGGCAUCUCCGAGUGGCUCGUCGACUUCCGGAUCGGCUACCGCAACGGCUGCAUCAGCUGGCUCCAGCUCAACGGGUUCUCCUUCGGACGGAUGCCGCCGUGAUAACACAAUGGCCAAGGCCACGACUCAUAGCUCUAAUAGAGAGCAAACGCGCAAUACCAAUCCAACCGAAGCUCCCGCAAACGAAGAGCAGCAUGGUCUGUUAGCAGGAACCGCUUCUGAUGAAGACGAGGACGGGAACGAGAAUGGCAUUAUAGUGUAUCCGAGUAACGGUGACCUCGACGCUCCUCCUAGUUCUAUUCGCACUCCGGGCACUCCAAGAACCCCUAAUCGAGUUCGGUUUGAUCUAAGACCUACCAAUAUUCCACCUCCUGCGAAUGGCCACGAUCGUCCAGCCUCACCCGUUGAUUAUUUCGAUAUUGCCGAACCUGACAGCCCUAUCUAUGACGAUUCAACACCAAGACACCCCCUACUAACCGAUAUCGAAGCUCCCUCUAUAGCCUUAGCCAACAGCCUUGACGAUGAUGUCCACGAGUGGGCCGAACGAGAACGGACGAGACCCAAAUCUGGGAUGCGCUCUGCGUUUAUGAAUAUGGCGAACAGCAUCAUCGGUGCCGGUAUUAUCGGACAGCCAUACGCAUUCAAGGACGCCGGUCUGCUGGCGGGCAUCGUACUGCUUAUCAGUCUGACCAUCAUUGUCGACUGGACCAUUCGCCUGAUCGUCAUCAAUAGUAAACUAAGCGGCGCGAAUAGCUUUCAGGGGACAGUCGAGCACUGCUUCGGCAAACCGGGACUGGUCGCCAUAAGCAUUGCGCAAUGGGCUUUCGCGUUCGGCGGCAUGAUUGCCUUUGGAAUUAUUGUCGGCGAUUCGAUACCACAGGUUCUACGCACGAUAUGGCCGGGGUUGAGCAGCACGCCUGUAUUAUGGCUCCUCGCAGACCGCAGAGCGGUUAUUUGUUUCUUUAUACUUGGAAUAAGCUACCCGUUGACGUUAUAUAGAGAUAUUGCAAAGCUCGCCAAAGCAAGCACAUUCGCUUUGAUCAGCAUGGGUAUCAUAUUAGUUACCGUCGUCGUCCAAAGCGUUCUUACUCCCGCGGAAAACCGCGGCUCUUUUACCUUACCGUUACUCACAAUAAAUGAUGGCAUAUUUCAGGCUGUUGGCGUUAUUUCUUUUGCAUUCGUCUGUCAACAUAAUUCUCUCCUAAUCUACGGCUCCCUCAAGACACCAACAAUAGACCGCUUCGCAAAGGUGACUCAUUACUCUACGGGCAUCUCCAUGCUGGCAUGUAUGACUAUGGCCCUCGCGGGCUUCCUUACCUUCGGAGAUAAGACGCUCGGAAACGUGCUGAACAACUUCCCGGCCGAUAAUACGAUGGUGACGAUCGCGCGGCUUUGUUUCGGGUUGAACAUGCUCACGACGCUACCGCUAGAGGCGUUCGUCUGUCGGGAAGUCAUGAUGAACUAUUGGUUUCCUAACGAGCCCUUCAAUAUGAACCUGCACCUAAUCUUCAGCUCGGCAUUGGUCGUCUCGGCCAUGACGUUGAGUCUGCUGACUUGCGAUCUCGGGGUCGUAUUCGAGCUCGUUGGUGCGACGAGCGCCUGCGCGCUGGCGUAUAUCUUGCCGCCGCUGUGUUAUAUCAAGCUGAGUUCAAGGUCAUGGAAAACGUACGUCGCUAUGGGCGUCGUGGCGUUUGGGUGUUCCGUCAUGGCGGGGGUGAACCAUCCCAGUGCGUCUAAAGCUAGCUAUAGGAUUGUUGUCCUUGGCUUUUUUAACCUUGGAGCAAAGGGAGGCAAACUGCAUAUUGCAUACAGCAGCCCGCUAUUUAAUGACGCCAGUCCCCAGUCCCCAGUCGGCAUCGAAAGGGUCGCGCGAUAG